CCCAGCCCGGUGCUCUAUCCACUGCACCACUGUGGUAAAGCUAAAACAGAUCUCGCCGCUGACAGAGGAGGAAAAGGUGGAGUACAGCGUGGCAGCAGAGCGUCGAAGGAUGAGGCUGGUGUACACAGAAACCAUCCAGGACCUACUGGCCAAAAGCGUCAUUCAAGAUGAUCUGGAGAGCAGAGACUGUAACAGGAUGGUGCCCGCUGAGAAGACCCGAGUGGAGAGUGUGGAGUUGGUCCUGCCCCCCCAUGCCAACCACCAGGGCAACACCUUUGGUGGCCAAAUCAUGGCUUGGAUGGAGAAUGUGGCCACCAUCGCAGCCAGCCGCCUGUGCCAAGGCCAUCCCACCCUGAAGACAAUUGAGAUGUUCCACUUUCGAGGCCCAUCCCAGGUUGGGGACCGGCUGGUGCUCAAGGCCAUUGUCAACAAUGCCUUCAAGAACAGCAUGGAGGUCGGGGUGUGCGUGGAAGCUUACCGCCAGGAGAUGGAGUCUUGCCGGCGGCACCUCAACAGUGCUUUCAUGACCUUUGUGGUCUUGGAUGGAGAUGACCAGCCCAUAACCCUGCCUUGGAUUCAGCCACAAGGCAAGGAAGGUGAGCGUCGGUAUAGGGAGGCCAGUGCUAGAAAGAAGAUGAGACUGGACAGGAAGUACAUCGUGUCGUGUAAGCAGGCUGAGGUCCCUCUCUCUGUCCCCUGGGACCCAAGUAACCAGGUGUAUCUGAGCUACAAUAAUGUCUCCUCGCUGAAGAUGCUCAUGGCCAAAGAUACCUGGGUCCUCACGUCAGAGAUCAAUAAGAUCAAACUCUACACUUUGGAGGAUGACAAAUUCCUGUCCUUCCACAUGGAGAUGACCGUCUACACAGACACAGCCCAAGCCUUUCUCCUCCUCUCAGACCUGGGCCGCCGGCCCGAGUGGGACAAGCACUACCAGAGCGUGGAGCUGGUGCAGCAGGUGGACGAGGACGACGCCAUCUACCAUGUGGUCAGCCCCGCCCUCGGAGAAGCCCAAUGCAAGCCCCAGGACUUCGUGAUCCUGGCCUCAAGGAGGAAGCCGUGUGACAGUGGUCACUCGCCAGGACUGGGCCCCAGGGAGCCCUAUGUCAUUGCCCUGAGGUCAGUCACCCUGCCCACACACCCCAAGACCCCUGAAUACACCAGAGGGGAGACCCUCUGCUCCGGCUUCUGUCUCUGGAGGGAAGGGGAUCAGCAAACCAAGGUAUCCUACUACAACCAGGCUACUACCAGUUUCCUGAACUACGUGACGACCAAUGUGGCAGGGCUGUCAUCUGAAUUCAUCACCACCUUUAAGGCCUGUGAGCAGUUUCUCCUGGACAACAAGAGUGAGCUGGCCCUCAGCCUUCAAAACCUUUAGUGCCUCCUCCCUGGCCCACUCCAGCACUGUUCCCAUUGUUCAGCCGCUACUCAGGCUCCUUCUGUCCUCUCCUACUCUGUACCACCCCAUGGAGCACAGGGCUCAGUGGAGUGGAAGGGGCAGGGGGCUGUGCUGAGCCUUCCAUGCAAAUCUGUCCCUCCUGGCUAGUGAAGAUUGGUCUCCUGGUGAUGCCUGCUCCUAGGCUGUGCCCUGAGCCGGACCAUGAAGAUAGCUCAUUGCCCCAGGAUUGACUCUUCUGGCGCACUUUCAUCUGACCUUUGAUUUUGUCUGUGGCUCGGGCUGUUAGCAAGGCUGUGCCCAGUGGGGAGUGCAUAGUUUGGGGAUCUCCUAGCAGUCCAACCUAUGGAUCUGGCCUCCAUCUGGAAGAACACAGGCAGUCAGCUCCCCAUAUCCCCUUCCUACCAGCUCCAGCCAGUAUCUAUGUAGGUGGGUGUGUAGCAGCCUUGUUAAACUCAUGAUUGGGCCAAAUAGACACCUGGUGAUGGGAGAGAAGACA